GCAGGCAGAGCCGCCGGCCGGCGAGAGGGCGAGAGCGCGACACCGGCCGGCGCAGUCGCCCGGCGUCCGUGAGGUUUGGAGCUGCCGUGGCGUGGUGCUGCGCUGCGGACCCGCAGCUGCUGUCCGGAGAGCGACAGAGGAGCUCCAGCAGCCGGACAGCGCCGAACAGGUGCGCAGCCACUAGACCGAGCGACACCGAGCGGGAGUCACGCCCGUAUCGCUAGAGCACAUCGUUAGGGACGGCCUGCCGUGAGGAGCGUCCGCUGACAGUGCUGUGAGAGCCUGCCGCGUGAGGACGGUGCCCGACGGGAGGAGCCCGUGAGGACUGUGGUUAACAGGCACAGCUUGCGAGAACCGACAGAACAAGGUCGUGAGGACGGUGACCGGCGCUAGGGGCGUCCCCCGGCUCAGUGAGGAGUGCUGUGUGUUCGGUGCGGCGCGCGCGUGCAUGAUGUGUCCGGUGUGCGGCGCGGCGGGCGGCGCACGCCGAUGACGUGCCGGCUGAGUCGCGUCGGCCGUCCCCGCAGCCCCCGGCUCGCCGCCGGUCAUGUUCUCCUACUACAGCUACGAGCGCCACUGGGCCGACAGCCUGCUGCUGGCGCUCUGUCUGCCCGUGCUGGUGCUCUGGACCGGCUACUGGGGCGUCCACCUCAUCGGUCUCGUCUAUGCACGGUACAAGUUUCAUCGGAAGGACCACUUGUCGCCACGGGAGGAGCCCUGGCCAGGGGUUACCAUCCUGAAGCCGCUUAUCGGUGGCGACUCGCUGCUCGCCACAAACCUAGAGUCUUUCUUCACCAUGAACUACCCUUUGUAUGAAAUCAUGUUCUGCAUACAAAACGCCAACGACCCUGUUAUACCACUAGUCAACGAGUUAGUCGCCAAAUAUCCCACCAUAGAUACGAAGGUCUUCAUAGGGGGUAAGAAAGUGGGCACCAACCCAAAAAUCAACAACCUUCAGCCCGGGUACGAGGCAGCCAAAUACGAUCUCAUCGUAGUUUCUGACAGCUGUAUCCGCAUGAAAGAAGACACGCUGAUGGACAUGGUGCACAACAUGACGGCCCGUGUCGGACUGGUGCAUCAGAUGCCGUUCACCUGUGACCGGCCCGGCUUCGUCUCCGUGCUGGAAAAGGUGUAUUUCGGCACGGCGCACGCACGGAUCUACAUGUGCGCCUCUCUGCUGGGCAUCAACUGCGCCACGGGCAUGUCGGCGCUGAUGCGGAAGGGCCCGCUGGACGAGGCCGGCGGGCUGCGCGCGUUCGGAUGCUACCUGGCCGAGGACUACUUCUUCGCGCAGACGUUCCUGAACCGCGGCUACCAGCUGGCCGUGGCCAGCACACCGGCCUGCCAGAGCGCCGACACCGGGGAUGUGAUCGGCUUCCAGAAACGGCUCAUUAGGUGGGCCAAACUGCGGAUCGCCAUGGUUCCGUUCACGAUCCUCAUGGAGCCAGUGACCGAGUGCCUGCUGCUCGGAGCGCUGGGCGCCCUGGCCGCCCGCUGCCUGCUCCAGGUGGAUCUGAUUGUCUUCUACCUGCUGCACGUGCUCUUCUGGUUCUUACUCGACUGGCUGAUGCUCAGCGUGGUCCAGAACACCUCGCUGCCGUUCAAUAAGUUCGAGUUUGUGGUGGCCUGGCUGCUGCGCGAGGCGUACGCACCUAUCCUGUUUCUGCGCGCUAUCUGGGACCCGGUGAUCCGGUGGCGUCACGGUGUGUUCAAGCUGCGCUGGGGCGGCGUGGCCGAGGAGGUGCCGGCGCCAGUGCCGCCUGCCGACGACGCCGUCAAAGUCAAGUUAUAACGCCGGAGCACAGGUGGCGCUGGUGUGGCGCCCUUACUCAGCCUGCCGCGGCGCUGCGCGCUGCCGCAUGCUCACGUGAUACGGUGUGUCUAGUCAGUUGUGGUCGAACUCGCGGUGUGUGCCGGCCGGCCCGGCGCGCCCGGGACUGGUGGGGAGCGCUCCCCGCGGGCGGCCGGGCCGGGCGCUGGCCGUACCUCCCAGGCCGCCGGCCGGCUCAUCAGUAUUACCAGCCAGCGCCGGCUGGGCCUCGGACUUCCACGGCCGCCGCGCCGCGCCGCUCGGUACCGGCGGGACGGACGGAGUACCGCCGGGACGGCCGGCCGAGCGCCGACCGGCCGCCCGCGUGAUUCGUGACUCGGUGUGUGCAGCACGUGACGUGCGUCACGGCACAGUGCAGUAGUGAGAGCCGACAAUCCGUGCGGGCGGCGCCGCUCGCUCGCCGCCGCCGCUGCCAUCGUUCGAGGCAUUCCGUUGUCGCUGCCGCCGCUGCCCGGGGCGCUGGGCUCCAGUCAUUCAUUCCUCAGUGGUUGGCGCUCUCCAGACAGCCGGUCAGUCCCGCCAGAGUCUGUCCCUUCCAGCCAGUCCCCCCCCCCCCCCAAUGACAGCCAGUCAUCCCCCCCCCCCGGAGCGACAGUCGUCCCCCUCCGCUGAAUGACCAACCCGGCUCUCAUGGUUCACCGCGACUGGACUCCGACUGCCGCCCGCGGACUGGCGACCGGCUGUCUCCCCCUCCCAGUGAUGUUUCUGAGGGCCCACACCGGCCUCAGUGGGCUGCCGGGCCCGCGCGUGCAUUGUUUUACUACUGUGAAUACAGUGUCUUCAAAAGA